AACUGUGCUUCUGAAACCGCCGACGUCUGGUCUGUAGCGGCACUGAUGGAUCGAGUCGGUGGAAUGGUGCGCCGUGGAGCUGUUGGCUCGACAAAAUCGUCUUUUCAUUGCUGUUGCAUCACCGCUCACCCGAAAAUAAGCGUCCGAUGACAUGA